AUGCGCUUGACUAACUAUCACGGCCUGGAUGACUUUUGGUGGCGCGCCCUGAAGACUACCUCAAUCCUUGUCGAACGAUUGCAAGCAUGGAAACACAUGGUCGCCUCGCUCGAGAACUAUAUGAAUACCACCCACAAGGUGCAGAAGGCCCAGGCCAAGGAGUUUGAGAAGAUUUUAAAGACUGUUUCGGAGCCCCUGAAAGAAGGGCAUCACUUCGUUCAAGAGAAGGGCGGUAUUACCGGCCUUUUUGACAGUUUGCGCCAGAACACCCAAGGAAUCGUGGAUGUGCAUCUCGAAACCGAGAAGAACUUGAAAACAACUGUCCUUCCGAUUCUCGAAAAGCUUCACAACGAGAUCAAGGCCAAAGCCAAGGAGCUCAGUCAUGGAGCUGAAAAGGCCGCGAAAUUGGUCUCCAAGGCCCGCACCGCGACCCAGAAGCACAUUGAGCUGCUGGGCCAAAAUACCGCCAUCUUCGACUCGACGACGCGAUCGAAGCACGACGCGCUCAACGACCCCUACCUCAUCUCGCGCGGUAUCUCUUACCGCCUGAACAAGCAGAUCAACGAGGAGAACGAGAACUUCAAGGAGCUGCUCGCCGUGCAGACCUCCUUCCAGCAAUUCGAGGCGCACAUCCUCGCGAGCGUGCAGGACGCCCUGAACCGCUUCUUCCAGUGCAUGGGCGCGCAGUCCGACCGGCAGCGCGCCAUGUACGCCGACAUGGUCAGCACGGGCCAGCAGGUGCCCACCGACUUCGAGUGGAACAACUUCUUCGAGCGCAACCACGCCAGCCUGAUCAACCCCAACACGCCGCCGCGCUCGCUGUCCACCAUCACCUGGCCCAACCAGGACCACCGCUCGACCAAGCCGCUGGUCGAGGGCAUCCUGCAGCGCAAGUCGCGCGCCAUGCUGAAGGGCUACAGCGACGGGUACUACGUCGUCACGCCCGCCGGCUUCCUGCACGCCUUCAAGGACAAUGACGAUUUCCGCCAGGAUCCCAUGCCCGACAUGUCGCUGUACCUGCCGGACUGCAAUAUCGGCAACUUCAACGACCUCAAGUUCUCCAUCAAGGGCAAGGACGUGUCCGGUGGGAAGGUCGGCAACGCUUUCCAUCUGUCCUCCGAGCUUCACUUCAAGGCCCACAGCAAGAACCAGAUCGAGGAGUGGACCGCUGCCCUGACCAGCUUUGUCGGCGGCAGCGGCAGCGGCAGCCAGCCUGCCAGCCCCAUAGUCCAGAAGAAUCCAAGCGCGGCGUCGUCUCCUGCUCCGGCCGCCGCCGCUGCUGCUGCUACCCCUGCUGCUACAGGUGCCGCCGCCACUACCACUGACUCUGCUGCGGCUGCUCCAGCUACAUCAACAACAACAGCAGCAGCUGCUCCCACAGAAUCCCCAGCUAUUUCUCCGAUAACUGAAAAACCUGUAGCCGCAAAGGUGGCGACUCCCGUUGAGUCCCCAGUCGCCGCAAAGCAAGAAGAAGGCGUUGUUACUACUGCACCCGCUGCCACCUCUGCUGCCGCCCCUACAACCACACCUGCUGCCGCCCCUGUCCCUGCUGCUGCCCCUGCCCCUGCCGCGGCUGCCGCCGCCGCUGCUGCCGCUGCUGCUCCUCCAGUGGAAAAAGCCGCCUAA